AUGUUCUACUUUUCAAUCGACGAUAAGCUAAAGGCGGUCUAUAGUCUUAAGGACGAACUUCGACCUGAUGCUACGGAAACCAUUAAAACCUUGCAGAAGCGUAGUAUCUCAGUACAUGUGGUUUCUAGCGACGAUGAUGGAGCCAUUCGGACCUUAGCAUCCAAGCUUAGCAUUCCUGGUGAAAAUAUGCACUCUCAAAGCUCACCUGCCGAUAAGAAGAAUUACAUCGAGACUCUCCUCGGUGCUACUACAGAUCGCAAGAAGCCGGUUAUCGUUUUCUACGGCGAUGGCACGAAUAAUACUAUUACUCUCGCGCAGGCUACUAUCAGCGUCCAUAUAAACGAAGGCACAGAUGUCGCGCAAUCUGCUACAGAUAUUAUUCUCAUGCGCCCUUCCCUAGCUAGCAUUCUGACCAUAAUAAACGCAAGUCGGAAAUCCAUCAACCGCAUCAAGUUCAACUUUAGGUGGAGUUUCAUGUACAACACCUUCGCAGUUCUUCUUGCUGCCAGUGCCUUUAUCAACGCGAGGAUUCCUCCAGAGUUUGCGGGACUAGGAGAGUUAGUGAGCGUGCUGCCAGUCAUUGCUGCCGCGGUGCUUCUGCGCUGGGCGAAGGUCUAG